AUGAGCUCGACACCGUCCAACUUGGGCAAGUCCCUUUCAGCGUCGACUUCCCACUCGCCUGCGAUCCAGCCAGGCCCCGUCACCACGAGCUUCGAAUCCAACCGCCGUCCGGCUCAAGCCAGCCCCUCCCAUACGCAAGGCGCCCCUCGAAAGAGCCAGGGUGCCAGGAAACAGCACAAGAUGCAGCGCCGGCCGGGACUCGGUGGCGAGUACAGGGGGCACCCAAACCCGGAUGACGAUGACGCUUUCGCCGAGAUGAGGGCAGUCCGAAACCCCUCGAGCCGUCGGGGACAGACCUCCAUCACCCACCUGCUCAACUACAGCAUGCCGACACGACCCUUUGCGGAGCAUCACUCGUAUGCUAGGAGCUACAGGCGCAAUCCGACCUGGGGCCCCGGCUCAGGACACCACGCCAACGACAAGGCGAGAUACGUCCAUGCAAACUACCGCUUCGUCGUCUCGCCCGAGGCGAGCUACUCCAGCCAGGCCGCCGACGCCGACGUACACAUCGAUUGGAACAAUGUCUUGCAGAUCUUGGCGUCGUCCGAGUCGCAGGCCGCGAGCUGCCCGAUCUGCCUGUCCGAGCCGGUCGCGCCGAGAAUGGCAAAGUGCGGGCACAUCUUUUGUCUGUCCUGCCUGAUCCGAUUCAUGAACACCACGACCGACGAGGACUCCAAGCCUUCAAAGGGCUUGAAGUGGAAGAAGUGCCCGCUGUGCGAGGACAGCGUCUACCUCCAUGAGACGCGACCGGUGCGCUUCUACGCGGGACAGGAGAGCCCCCUACCGCGGGUCGGCGACGACGUGGUGCUGCGGCUGAUGGCGCGCACCGCCAAGUCGACGCUCGCGCUGCCGUGGGAGAACGGCUCUGACGCGCUGAACGUGGCGGAUGACAUUCCGUGGCACUUUGCCGCGAACGUGCUAGACUAUGCGAGAAUGAUGAAGGGCACCGGCGAUUACAUGGUGGAGCAGUAUGACGAGGAGAUUGAGGCGUUGGAGAAGCAGGGAACGGAGGACCAGCUGCUAUACCACGAAGACGACGAGUGGACACAGAAGGCGAUCCGGGCUAUCAAUGCGUCCAAAGACAAGGUCAAAGACCUCGGCAAGAACGAUUCGAUGACGGCGGGAACGCAAAAGUCGGUGCAGCCAGAUUUCUACUUUUAUUCGUCACAACCACAUCUCUACCUCUCGGCGCUCGACAUUCGGAUUCUCAAGACAAAGUAUGGCGACUUCUCGGCGUUCCCAUCAACGCUUCUCCCGCGCGUCGAGCACAUCUCCACGGGCCACGUCGUGGAUGAGGUGCAGCGCAAGCGGGCCAAGUACCUGGGCCACUUGCCUUACGGAUGCCGCAUCAGUUUUCUGGAAUGUGACUGGACGGACAUCGUGUCGGCAGACGUGCUUGAAAAGUUCGCGGACGAGAUUGGCCGGAGGAGGAAGCGCAACCGCGACAAGGCUGUGCAGGAGGAGCGCGAGAGGCUUCAGUCCGAAAGGAUCGAGGCCGCGCAGUUCAAGAGCACGGCUGCGAUGAGGCGCGACUAUGGCCCUAUCGAAGAGGACCACGUCCCCGCGUUGAAUCUCGAGGAGUUCCAGCCGCUGUCCAGUCAUGCUGGCGCCACGCCGCCGGACCCGCGACCCGGGUUCGAGCACCUCGCUUCCAUUUCUACGAGUCCAUCUACGCAGAGGACGGUGUGGGGAACUCACGUAAUCCACGGAUCGCCGCAACUCGCUCCGCAGCGCGCCGUGGAUGAUGGCUGGCUGAAGGACGAAGACGUCUUCAGCGCCGCGGACUUGUCGUUCCAGAUGGAGGCGAUGGGCGUCAACGAACCCAGCACUUCCACCGCUAGCAGCAGUGCAGCUGCGGCUGCUAGUGGUGGUGGAGGCGGUGGUAAGGGGAAGAAGAAGAAGCAAAAGAUCACGCUGAUGAGCACCGGCGGAAGAAGGGGCGGCUGA